UCUGUGGACAUUGUGUGUUUUGUUAGGAAAAAGUACAUAUACCCUUUAAGAGCCUAUAAUACGCGUGUGUUUUUCCCUCAGACAAAAACCGAUAUGUGUGGGUCAAUAAGCCACUUUGAGAUGUUGACACAUUCAACACUGUUUUGGUUUGGAUCAAAUUUGUCUGUACACCAAAACCAAACAGUGCACUCCUGUAGUGGCCACCAUGCCUAGCAAUACUAAUAGCAUAGUACGAAGUGAACACAACACAUUAUGUGAUUUUUACAAGUCUCACAAUGGUAUUAUUUUUGCCUAACCAGCCGUAUAUCCGCACUUUAGGCCUAAUGUUAUAAUCUAUACAAAAAGUUCAGGAAUAACAAACCUGUGACAAUCAAGCUAAAUUGGUCCUCGAGUCACAAGAAUUGAAACCACUUUAAUGUUAUCGUUUGUUGUCGUUUAUAAAAAAAACUUUAGCACUUUAGCAAUUCAGGGAGGGGGGUGGGGUUCUACCAUGACUAUAGUAGUAAAGGCUUAUGUGCAAAUCUGUGAUAUUUAUGUUUUCAGUCUGACUAUAUAUGUCAUGCAUACCCCUUUCAAAUAUUAAAACAAUUAAAGGCCUAUAACAAACACACAUUCUGCCGUUCAUGAAACAGUCACCGUGCGAUUGCACAUUCAUGCAGAGAUUGGUGUUCGGCAGGCCCUCGGUAUUAUAUAACGCUCUGGUAUAGUUUAAGUGCUUGAAAGUUUCCGGGAAAAUAAACGGCAAGUUUACACAUUGUCUGACAAUCGUCCCAAAGUGCAAAGUUUUGACAUUUUUGCACUUAUAUAGUCAGGGCUUUAUACGAUAGAUCGGAGCCUGAAGCUAAAUCCAAAGCCAAAGCGUUGGAUCAUUAUUCGAAAUGGGACCACAGACCAUGGUAUUUGUGUUCUUUUCCUACCAAAGCCAUACGGAAAAGAGAAAGGUCAAAAGGUUGCGGACCCAAUCUUUAAGUUUUUAAAGAAAGUAUGUAAAUUAGUUGUAUCCCGCACAAUGAGCCACUAACUCAGUUUUGGGAACAAAUGUUCGCCAAUUACAGCACAAUAUUAAAAAAGAACAUAAGUAUCUCACAAUAAGUUGUUCCGAUAUUUUCUGAUAACAUUAUAACUUCCCUAGUCUUCCUUUACGUAUUAAUCUCCGACUAUCAUAAAACAGCCCGGGCUUCCUGUUUUAUGAAAUGUUAUGCUCAGGACAGAACCGACUGUCGGAAAUGGUAUGUGGCGUUGUAUGUUAACAACAGUUUAAAAAGGAAAGGCAAUUUUUAAAGAAUCUCUACCUCAAGCAUCAUGUACACAUUGUCAACUCCGCGGUCAAAGUGUACGUGAACAACUAGCCAGUCGACCGGGGUCGGAAUCAUGCUAAGUUUUGCCCAUCCCUGUCGAUCUCUCAUUAAGUUGGGAAGAUCAGCUGGAAGCACCCCGAUGUCCCUGGCAACUACAUCUGUAUAACUGAGCUGUUGUCUUCCUCUGUUUCUCCUUCCAUGUUUCGGUGACCAGCCAUGGAACCGAAUCAAAAAUUGACGUCUACAACAACCUGCCAGACAACAGCCGUCGGGAGGGCUCUCUUUCAGUUUUCUGACUUUGGUGCAGGAAGUAAAAAUCUGAGUGUACUUGUUAACGAUAAGGGCUUGAGAAACGCCUACUUGGCCGCAGAGGCAGAAGGUGAACUUCCUACCAACCGGGCACGAGUGCUAAUCUUGGGAGAGCCCCGUGCCGGUAAAACAAGCUUGCUCAAUCGUCUUCUUGGGAGAGAGUUUGACCACCUUGAGCAGCCGACACACGGCAUUGAGACGCGUAUGUGCCACGUCACCAAUGUGGACAAGCAAUGGAACGAGUCGGAAGGUGCUAAGGCAGAUGACAUUCGAGAAUGCGCUGCAGCGGUGACCGUGCUCAAGGAAGCUUCCGCAGAAGGAUUUAAAACAGACAAAUUUAAGAAAGAUUUCCGCAAGUCCCCGUCCACCUCAUCAGAGUCCUCUGAAACCCCUUUGGGAGCGGACAGCAGUCUGAGGAAAAUCCUGCCACAGUUCUUCGUCGUUAUCAAUUUGAUGGGCACGUUAGCUGUGUUAUAUUUGCUGGGCGUGUUCCAAUAUGGCUUUGUGGUGUUUGUGUGGAUUUGCAUCAGCAUGUUUUCUUUAUCGGUUGACUAUAACAACGCCUAUCGCUUUGCCACAACUGGCUCUUUUGUGUGCGUUCUUUUUGAAGCCACCAUAAGAAUUGAUCAACCACUGGAGAAGCUUGCUUGUGAUGCUUCAGAAACAAGCCCGUCUUCUGAUUUGCUGUUUCAGUUAAGUAAAAGAAUCUUUUUGAAUUUACUACAUACCUCCAUAGUUGGGAUAUCAUCAGGGCUUGGCUUCCGUACAGGCAUAGCUGUUGCUUUGGCCAUGUGUGUGCACCCGUGGGAAACAGAAGGUACGCCAGUCCAAGACAUGUUGUCCUGGAAUAUGUUGUUACUAUUUCUGAUUUGUAUCGCCGGGGGUUUCUUCAUUUUGCUCAGCUAUAAGUACUGUACAAUUAAUAACAGAUGGCACAUAAGGAGAACCAUAUUUUGUUGUGCCUUAAUUACCCUGACAUGUGCAUUGUUUUGGGGAUCUGGUUGUUGGUUCCGAACUUAUUGGUUCAUCUUUCUGAACUUUUGUGCGAUGGUAUUUGGAACAACGUGGGGCUGCAUCUUCGGUCGUCGACUUGUUCUUAAGUAUGGAUUUCAAGCAAGUUAUGUCAUCAAGAAAGUUAUUGGAUUGUGCAUUGGUUUUUACUUUGCUUAUAUGUGCGGCUGGUCUUUUAGAGUACCUGAGUGUUCGUUUGUGUCUCUGGCAAUUUACAUUGUUUCUGUCAGUACUCACCCAUUGUUCGAUCUACACGUUGCUUAUAAGAUAUGGCGUGCCAAGCAAACAUUCCCCGUGAAAAUGAUCAGAGAACAAAUGAAAACUGCGGUCCAAGGACAACCUCUCCUUGAGACCAAACUGAGUCUGUGGGACUUCGCAGGAGAUACCUUGUACCACUGUACCCACCAUGUGUUUAUGCCCGAUAGAGCCCUGUACGUGAUUGUCUUCAACCUAGAGGCAGCUGUCUCUAACGAAGACGUCCAGCUUCAGAAACUUCUCUUCUGGCUUCACUCUGUUUGUGCCCACGCGCGGCACCCAGACGCUGUCAUCAUGAUUGUUGGUACCCAUAAAGACAGCGUUCCACAGUCGAAGAUAAAACGUUUCACUGACAAACUCCACGAUCGCAUCACUCCCGAAUUCUGCCACCGUCUUGUACUAAAUCCAGUCGACGACAAGCCGCUGUUUCUUGUUGAGAAUUCAAAGCCUCUAGACGAAGACUUCAAACAGAUGAGAGCAGAGAUAUUCAAGCGGGUCGAGAGUGCAGAGUACGCCCAGGAGAAAUAUCCAAUCAAGUAUUUGCAUUUUUAUCGGGAGAUCCAAAACCGCCGGAAACUCGCACAGACGUCAGAUUUUGCUAAGAACGUAGCAACACUACGAGAGAUUCAAGAACUAGCAAAAGAAACAUGCGACGUGGAAAGCGAAGAGCAGUUGAAGAAAAUGCUGAGAUAUUUCCGUGAGGCAGGAGAGAUCAUCUACAAAGAGGAAGACGAAAUACUGAGAAAUCAUGUGGUACUCGAUCCCCAGUUUCUUGUAGACGUCAUGAAGAAAGUAAUGUUCAUUCCACGUGGAUCCCAUCGCAAUCAUCGCUACGCCAUUGAGUGGAGAAACUAUGAAAACACUGGGAUUCUUUCACAAGAACUGCUCCUACACAUCUACUGUGAAAUGUCUCAUCUUGUCCCACUGUUCACCAAUCUGCUUGAAGCCUACGACCUCGUGUGUCCCAUUGCGCCUGUUGUAAAUACAAACUGUCGCCCGAAUUCACUAGUUGUACCUGCCAUGUUGCCUUCAUUCCAGGGCAACGAGACGCAUUUCUGGAAAUCAUCGAGCACCGAGGAGGUCUUCUACUUUGACUUUGGCUUCUUCGAUCCCAGAAUCAUCUACCACCGUCUUUUGACAAGAUGCCUGACCCAUGCCUGCCUGGAUAAAAUGAAACCCGACUCCAAACCACUUAUAUUUGCAGAUCGUUGCCGAUUCCACAUCGGAACUAGUUUUGUCUUCAAGCUCCAGUUAGAGAGGAGGUUCUCCCACCAGCAGCUUCUCUCGGUCGCUGUUGUGACAUUUGAACCUGAUAGUUCAAAGUUACUGAAAUUCUUGGUUGGUGCUGUAAGGAGUAUCGUUCUGAGAGACUUUCCAGAGCUUCACUUUACAUUUGGUCCGCGGUGCUUCUUGUGCUCUAAGACGGGAACAACAAGAGAUGAACACCACAACGUGAACCCGGAUGCCAUACAUGUGCUCAAAAUGGCCGGCAACGACGAGCCUUUUCCUACAAAGUUUCCAGUCGUGAUGCUUUGUGGACAGCAGAGGUGUGAGGUGUCACUGACUCGUCAAACAACGGAGCGCUCCCCGAGCUCUUCACUACCGCCAAGGAAGGUCACAUUCGGCCCAGAGACACUCAUCACCAAGAUACCACCGGAUAUUUUUGGUAAGGUAUGCGGUUUUCUCAACGCAUCAGGACAAAGAAACUGGAAAAUGCUAGCAGGUGAACUGGGUAAGGAUGUUGAAUUCGUAGCUGCAUUGGACAGUCAGAGGGUGCCCAACCCCAGCGAGUCUCUCCUAAGGGAUUGGGCGAUGAAAGGAGGCGUCACAGUGGCUGAUCUUCUUGAGAUUCUUGACAGAGCGUCUCUCGAGAGGAAGGAUAUCAUCGAAGAAGUCAGAGCUGCAAUGCAGCAGCAGGACUCAAACAUUUGACUUCCAUCGACCGAAGCAUAUUAUAUUAUGAUCACCUGGCUCUAUAACCACGGUGCUAUAACUGACGUCUUUUAAAACAAAGCAAGAAAAUAUAUAACGUUAUAAUCAAAGAAAUUAUUAUUUUUAGAGAGAUUUCGAUGGAAAUCCUGGCCUUCUUGCCGAGGAAUUGUGUAAAACAACACCUGUUUAACUUGCAUUUUAAAUUGAUCCCAUGUUUUUCAAAGACAUUUCCGUGUCGGGAGCCGGCCCAAAGUACCUGAAUAAUAAUUGAGAUAAGUAUUGAACUAGUGGAGAAUAAGUUAAGGAUGAAGAGUAAUAGACUGGUCCACUUUCAGGUACUUGCUUUUCAGCACCAAUGAUUUCAUCGGAUACAACGAUUUCAUUAGGUGAACGUGCAGUGACGAAAGCUUUCCAAAGCUGUGUUUUGAUUGGUCUGAAGUGAUGUGAGUGCGUCUGCCAAACGUCACCUCGGACCAAUCAAAACACAGACAUUGAAAGCAUACUUUCGAUCGUCUACAUGUUGUUAGCACGACAGUAGGCCCAACUUGCAUAAUUAACGUUCUUAUGUAUGUAGGAUUUCACUGCAUAUCUCCAUGUGAAAUUAAUGAAAGGUGAAAGGUGAUUAAGGACGGAAAUUGACGCAGGCUGGAGGCCCCUUUCUGGCGUAAUUCAUGAGCUUUGAAAUGUGCCGUCAGAUGUUCAGGCUAAGGUUUUUUAUCUGUAAUUGAUAUCUUUUCCUGUGUAUAUAGUUUCUGUUUAUAGUUGGCUUUUAAAUUUUGUAAUUUUCAAUACAUGCACUAGUUUUACAGUUAUUUUUCAGAUAAUUUAGUUGUUUGUAGUAUUUUUAAUGGUUUAGUUUAGGGAACAGCCGGUCUGGCCCAAUUUUAUAAAAAUAAUUGUGGGUUUUAAUUGGGUAAUUUAUAUCAAGUUUUAUUGUCUUAAUGCUUUCCAUUUUGCUGUUAAGCGCUUUGAGGAAUGUUUAUUGCUCUGUGAAUACUGUUUUAAUAUUAUUAUUAUUAUUAUUAUUAUUAAGGCUAAAGCUGCAAAAUCGAAGAUGUAGAGGUCGCUUUUGUUAACAUUGAUCAGAGCCGUAUAAGUUGUGAGAGUUAAGACAACUUGCCAUUGUAAGCCCAUUGUGUUCCCCAAGAAAGGCAUUGGCAAACACGGGGGUGCCAGACUAGUCUGCCCAUUGGGUUGUGCUGCGUUUGGAGACAACAUGGCGUCCAGAAACCACGUGACCAAAGAAAACUGAUCCCUCCAUGUUGCAACUCUCUUAAUACAUUGAUCUGACAUUAAUGUCACAGUGGGGCCUAUGGGUGAGUCUCUCCAUUUUCAUAAUUUUCAGAGAUUUUUCAAAUGAUUUGUCAGUGUCCUUGGUGUCUUAGUUUACCAAUUAGUAAUUAAGAGCGCAUCUGGCGACUGACAUUGAUUUUUGACCCUUGCUUUAAUUUCCUUCAUUCGUACGUGACUCCGAAGCUUAAACAGCGCCAUUUGUGGUGUCAAAGGAAGACAGUCAUUAUGGCUUAGAGUUGUGCGUUGCAAAAACCAUUAAUGUCCACAAGUUUUCCUAUAAUCCUAAGAGAAAAUAAAAUGAGCAGGCAUUUUGAAAACAAA